AUGACGACGAUGACGAGCAAGAAGAAACGAAGCACUACUAUGAGUCCAGGUACUAGCAAGAGUAAUACUAGCAAUCGUAGUAAAGACAACAACAACAACAAUAGCAAUACGUGGAAGAUGAACGUCCUACAGCAACUACAAGACGCCAUUCCCAAACUAAAACGCACCAUGGGCCGCAAGAGUGCGCGUCAAGCACUCUGGACGUGGUUUGAAAGUCAACGCCAGGACCUCCUGGAAGGUCUCCGUACAUCUCUACCAGAAGAGUACGAAGAAAAGGUUCACAACUUGAAACAACUACUAUCACUGCCAUUGGAGAUUAGUGAUUUGGAGAGUUGUUUGAAUCUGGGAGUCGCGGGAGCGUUGCAAGAACAAUGCAUCAAGCGAGCAUCCGCCAGUGCCGCAAAGGCAGCGGGAGUCGACAUGCGGGACAUUGAUGCCGAUGCCGAAUUCUUGGCCAAGUUGUUAGUUGGUGGGCGUAGUAGUGAUAGUGAUGAUAGUAGUAGUGAUGAGGCACAACAAAAGGCACAAGAACUGCUGGAUCACUUUGCGGGUGUGACGAGCAGUAGCAGUGCUGUUGCGUUGACACCAGAUGCGACAACAACGACGGGUCUUUCCUCUACAACAACGACAACAACCAGAGCCUUUCAAUUGGGCAGAACGGCUCAGCUGACCUCCUUGGUCCUCAUGGUGGCGCAGAUUUUGAUUGGGGCUCAACUGCUGCGUCGAUACCGAAAACGAAAGACACUGGCGGCAGGACCAACCUCUGCUAGUACUACUACUAGCGCCUUUUACACCACGCCCACCCCAGAAGAGACGUUUCGAAAAGACCGCUCCGAUCGAACCAGUGUCUCUGACUCUGGCUUGUCGUCCACGGAAGGACGCCAUCGUCCCGUACGACGUCGAUCCAUGUCGGCCAGCAAUGUCUUCCACGAGUCUCUACCAGCGCUAGACACGGAGGGGAUCCCACCGAGUCAGAGUCCUCCACCGCCACCGUCCUCUGUAGCACGAGCCAGUACGAGUAGUAGCAGCAACAGUGGACAACAACAACAACAACAACAACAACUCCCAUCGCUCAAGAAACAUUUGAAACAAACGACUCAACAUGGGCCAACCCAAAAACAACAACAGCAACAACAACAACGAUCCGGUCAACAAUCCGAAAACGACGACGAUCGAACCGCCGAAACGGAUAGCCUCAGUCUCAGUGAAGGCCUUCCCAAAAAUCUACUCGAAGAUCAAAACUCCAGUAGUAGUCACAGUCGAUCUCCGCCGCAUCAAGAACCCGCCGAUGACACUACAGCGACCACACCGACUCCCACGACACACAAUGGCGUGCACCAUGCAUUGACUGGUACGAGCACCUGCAGUAGUACCAAUAGUAGUAGUCAAGAAGUACUCGCCUUGUUGAGUUUUGAAGGAGGCACCCGCGAUCAAUUGGAUGCCGGUAGCAAUCGCACUCUGACCACCCACAAUCAUGCUACUAAUGUCAUCACACGCCAUCUCAAUUUGGAAUUGCCGGGAUUUCUACAAGACAAAUUUUCACUACGAAUGAGCAAACUCAAGAAUGAACUCUUUACGGUCCAACGCGAACAAAAGUCCAAACUCAAAGACUCGACGCAUCACGUACAAUUGCGCUAUCAGGAAACCAACAAACAAUACUCCGAUCUUACCAAGCGACUCGAAACUCUCACACGGUCCAUUCAACCCAAACACAACAAUCAUGACACUGACAACAACAACAAUGCAUUGGUUCUUCCAACAAACGGCAACCGCUCUACGACGACUUCUACUACACGACCCUUGCACGAACCGUAUCAAUCUACUACUACUACAAGCACAACAACAGCAGCAGCGAUGAAUGAACUACCGCCUCUCAUGGUACGACCACCAUCCCCCAAACGAUGUCCGACACCGGCACAAAUGGAAGCACACGCCAAAGUCAAUGCCAACAAUCAAGAAACGGCCAAAUUACUACAGCAACUUACAUCGCUCCAAUCACAAUUGGAAUCGCAACAAGAUCGACACGUACAAGAGUUGCAGCAAAAGGAAGCCCGACUGGCCGAAUUGUCGACCCGGAUACAGUUCUUAUCGCACGAACUCGAACGACGCGUUCUGCAUUCCAAACAAUUGCAAGCGACACUCGAUCAACAAGCGUUACAACAAGGACAUGCAUCUACUGUCAGUGCCGAGAUUACCGAUUUGAAACAACAGCAGACAACACUUGCGGCAGAACUCCAAGAGACCAAACACAAAUUUGCACUCAAAGAACAAGAAUGUCAAGACUUGUUGACACGACUUCGCACUGUACCACCACCGGCCGCCAGCAAAUCCUCCCAAGAGAAUGAAGAGGCCGCCCAAGAACACCGCCAACUCAUGAUUGAACUCGAAGCACAAUUGGAACAACAAGACAAAAUGAAUCAACGAACGUUUCAAAUGACACAAAUGUUGGAGGUGAAACGCAAUGAAAUCAUUCAACGGACGCAAACAUUGGAAAGUAUGUCGCGGGAGAUUGAAGAACGACGGACGGCCGUCGAACAAAUGGAAGCGGAAGCAGCGGCGGCAACGGCAGCUUUACAACAACAAUCGGCAGCGGCGUCCGUGGCGUCAUCGUCAUCAUCAUCCGGUAGUACCAAUGAAGAACUCGAAGAACAAUUGCACGAAUUGCAGAGUCAGUAUGAAAUGCAAGCGUUGGAAUGUCAAAAACUCGAAGAAUUGUUGAAUAACAAAUCCAAAUUGUUGCAAGAAAAGGAAAAGGAAUGUCACGAAUUAACGUCGCGACUCGAAGAAAUGACGGCCGAGUUGGCCGCCAAGGAAGCCAGGAUUGAACAACUCGAACAAGACGUACAAGACAAGCAAGAUUUGGCGGCGCAGAACGAAGCCAUUACGACCGAACUACAAGUGCAACAAGAGUUGCAGGAAAAGAUGAAUCAAACCACGCUGCAAAUGAUCCAGUUGUUGGAAGAAAAGGAACAAUCCAAUGCCGAUCUGACCAACAAGCUCGAAGCGCUCACGUCGGAAUUGAAUCAUUCCAAAAAGAGCUUGUAG